UGGACGUAUGUAGGGCACGGAUUAAGCUGCGACCCGCCAGCCGUAUCACCGAAUGUCGAGCGUGCGUUACUGUUCGCUUUACGCCCAAAUCUCUGUCAAGUGCUUGAAUCGAGGGCCGAAUGCAUAGUUGAAAAUAAAGGUUUGUGGUCGCAGAAUUGGACUUUUUCUCAAGUAUCCAAAACCAUGGAUGCUCCGGUAAUGGGAGAUUUACUGCCAGGCGGGUAUCAUCGGUUUGAUCUAAAUAAAACGACGUGGGAAGUACCUCUCCGUUACCAGAGACUAUCGGCUGUAGGCGCAGGAGCCUAUGGAUCUGUGUGCUCGGCCCUCGACACCAAGACCGGCACUAGCGUUGCCAUUAAGAAGCUUUCUCGUCCGUUCCAGUCUGCAAUACAUGCCAAGAGGACUUACCGAGAGUUGCGAUUGCUUCAACACAUGGACCAUGAGAAUAUAAUCAGUUUACUUGACGUGUUUUGCCGCGGAGAUUCACUGGAGACCUUCCGCGAUGUAUACAUGGUGACGCAUCUCAUGGGAGCUGAUCUCAACGGAAUCACCAAAUCACAGCGACUUUCUGAUGAGCACGUGCAGUUUCUUGUCUAUCAGAUCUUACGAGGGCUCAAGUAUAUCCACUCUGUAGGUGUGAUCCAUCGAGAUUUGAAGCCCAGCAAUCUGGCUGUUAAUGAAGACUGUGAACUCAGGAUACUUGACUUUGGACUUGCUCGUCAAGCAGACGAUGAGAUGACAGGUUAUGUAGCAACGAGAUGGUACCGAGCACCAGAGAUCAUGCUCAACUGGAUGCAUUAUACCAACACGGUGGACAUGUGGUCUGUGGGCUGCAUCAUGGCAGAACUGCUGACUGGGAAAACGCUCUUCCCCGGAACAGAUCAUAUUGAUCAGUUGAAUCGCAUCAUGGCUGUAACUGGGACACCAGACGCUGAAAUUCUCGCUAAAAUCCAGAGUGAAGACGCUCGGAACUUUGUCAAGUCCCAGCCCAAGAAGAAGAAGAUAAAUUUUUCUGAGUAUUUUACGGGGGCCAACAAGCAUGCCGUGGAUCUGUUGGAAAGAAUGCUUCAGUUGGACGUGGACAAGCGCAUCACGGCCGAAGAGGCACUCAGACAUCCCUAUGUCUCCAAAUACCACGAUGAGAGUGAUGAACCAACUGGCGAACGAUUUGAUGACUCCUUUGAGCCACAGGAUUUGUCCGUACAAGAGUGGAGAGUGCUCAUAUUUGAGUUGAUCCACGCUUUUCAGCAACGGUGAGGGCCAGUUUUUCCACCCACAAGAUAGAACACCUGCCCCUCUCCUCCACCUCCGACAGACAACCGGUGGCAUUACUCGUGAUGGUAGCAUCUCUCAUUGAUUGCCCCUGACAACUCUUCUUAAUAACUGUUCUAACUAAAUGCAACGUUAGCCAGUCACCCAGACAGCUUUUUGGGGGAGUGGUUCUUAUUUCUGACAAAUUUAGCAACUAGCAAUACAAAUAGAGUUUUGGUUUGUUGCGUAUUUGACCCCUAUUCCAAAUAUCAAAGUUUACUUAAAUACAAGAUGGUUGACAUGCUCAGAAUCCCAUCCAAUGAUCUAAAGCCAAAGUUGGCAAAACGCACUGCCAUCUUUCUGCCUGGAGGCACUGUCUUGUAAGUAACUGUUGGACUUGGAAAAUGGACUCAACUGCUGUUGGAUUCAUGGAUUGUUCUGAGGCACAUUAAAUGAGUAGAGAGCUGGAAAUCUGUUGUGACAUCAUGUAGCAAUUGAUACAUGCAUAUUCAUGAUCUGACGUGUAUAUUCAUGAUCAAUACAUGUAUAUUAAUGAUUUGUACAUUGAUAUGUACUCCAGGGUAUGCUUGUCAUUUCUCCAUAGUAUACACGUGUACUUUAAGUGGAAGUUCUUCUCUUCAUGAAGUGUUGCCACCGGUUUGCAAACAUGUGGGCCUAAGCUAACAGCAGUGAUGCUGGUUUCAGAAAAAGUGCAUUUACCAUCCAUAAGUCAAGUAUGUCCAAGAACUGGGUCCUUAUUUGUAUACAGAGAUUGAAAAAUAAUCAUUGUUUGUUUGGAAAGAAUUGUUACUUCGUAUGUAGUACAUGUACAUAGUGCUCUUGAUAAGGAAAACAAUUUGUAUACUCUGCAAAAAUGUUUAGAAGUGUGUCAGAGACAGGCUUGGGAUGUUCAACUUUUCUUUUCAAGAACUGCAGAAAAUAUUCUGACUUGCAAGCAUUACAGAACGGGUUUCCCCACUGUGUGACUGUACUUGCUGUUCAAAAUGCUGUUUGUCUGUGAGCCAGGUUGAGCAUGUGGCCUGUCAAUCAUGAAACAAGUUUCCAGAUGAAUACUUUGGUUGGUGUACAUGUGUAUAGGUGGGUUACAGGUGCAAAUACAUGCAGUCAAACAGGUUGACCAUACAUGAGUGGUGUUGUCCUAUAAAGCACACAUACAUGUGUGUUUGGUAAAUUCAGGUUUAGAGAAUUAUUAAAAUUACCUAUUACUAAAAAUCUCCAAGGAAAGUUAAGUGGAAAGUAUACCUCAGAAACCUGUAAAAAAAAAGCUCCUUUCAAGCUCUUCACUUUGAGUUCUUAUCCCUGAUGCCCUUGGUGUUACUUUUGUAGAGAUCUGUUUGUUAUUUCACUUCUGGAAGAGUUUUUCCUCCGAUGUUAAGCUUGCUUUUGCUGAGCUCACUGCUUAAUAGUCUCUGUGAAGUUGACAGAGGCUCUCUCAGCAGAAGAUUGGCUAUUAAAUCUGUGCAUUAUUUGGACCCUGUACUUGUGAACACUACUGCUUUGACAUCGAUUUAGGCGUUUCGUGUACAGUGUAAGGAUUCUCCUUAACUGUCAGGAGUUUAGCCCAUAGAGGUUGUGCGUGGUUGCCAUUAGUGCAGUAAGAGCUUUUAUUUGACAUGCAUACACAUGAGUAGACCUUUUGUGCUAUCCCUCCGCAACAAAAGCAGUUCCGGUAAAGAUGGCUGCCGUGCACAGCCUUUAGAUUGCUGUUCAGUUCAUUGCUGUUUUUGUGUGCAUGUCCAAUUGGUCAUGACCUCACCCUCGUGAAUAUGGAAAUUUAGAUAAAGUCACAAGUUGAUAGACAAACCCUUAAAAUGGCAAUAACAGAUAAAAAGCAAUGCUUUGUUGAACACUAGUGUAUGACUAGAAUGAUUUUUUUUACCAUGAAGGCUUUUUAAAACUUAGUUUCUCCAAUCUUUAAUACACACUAGAGGGUUUGAAAAUUGUCACAAGGGCCUCAUUUUCCACUACAAAACUGUGAGCAUAUUAUGCAUUUUCAGACAAUCAAAAUCUUUCAACAGUAUUGCUGUGAGUGUAAAUUCAGUAAAAAGCAAGACUGAAACUGUAAGUACAUAUGUAAUUCAGUUUUUAAGUUUAUACAUGUACAUUAGAAAGUACAAUUUCAUAUAUAUCAUGGCUUCAGUGCUUGUAACUCAUAAAUUGGAACUGUUCUGAUGUGUGUGACCAAACUAAAAAUCAAGGCUGCGUUAUCAGAAUUAAUUUGCACCUAAGCAGUUUGAUUUACUUAAAUUGUUGACACUUAUGGUGUUUUUAGUUCUUCUGUUGGAACUGACUUGGUUUUUACUUGUCCGGACAUGAUGAGAGGCAAGCUACAAUGUACACGUACCAAGCCUUUACAGCACACAGUGGCUGUUUUCUUUGUUCAGGAAACUUCUCUUUUUGUGGGUAUCGGUGAAUUUUAAUCAGAGAAACCAACUCCAGAGCCCAACUUCUUUGAAUCUUUGUACCGGGCCAUUUUUGCAAUUGAAAGUAGUUUUUGGUUGUAACCCAAACUGUUUGUGUAACUUGGUCAUUGCUUGGAAAAAGAGAUGUGUCUUGUGUAGGAGAAUAUGGAAAAAAAAAACACUGCUACUGUUUUUAGGAUUGAUCAGUAAUGGCGAUGUGACAAGUUGGAUUGAAAAAAUAUUACAUUAAAGCUAACCAUCGUAAUGGGCAGAUUUGCAUUUUUUGUACAGUUGUUUUAGCACUCUACUUAGGUGUAGCCAAAGUCGUCUCAUUUGGCAUUUUGUUAAAGACUUUCUAGUGCAAAUCUUUAAAUAUGUGAGAUCCACAGUGGUGCAAGCCAUUUCAUUCCUUUAAUUACUGGUAUGACUUGGGGCUUGGGCUUGAAGGUGUCCAUCUGUGACCAAAUUCAGGGUUGGGAUAACUUGAAUUUGGCCUAUGGGGAGUUGUAAAGUGUCUGGGUCACAAUUGUAGCUUGACAGUGUCCAGCCACGAUUGUGACCCAGACAACUGCUUCUAUUUUUGUUGAUGUCAUGAUUUUUAUUGUGCCUUCUCUAUAUUAUAUUUUGGGUAAACCAUAAACUCUCUCCAGUUUGCCCCCAAACAAAGCCACAAAUCUUGCUUCAAGUCUGUUUCCAGGUUUACUUGUGCAUUUGAAUGGGGUCACAUAAUACUUGUUUGAAUUUUGAUAAUAUUUAGUUAGCCAUGAAAGCACUUUUGUGUAUACUUCAUUACAUGUACAGCUUUGGCGAACCAUCAUGUUGUAAUAGGUAGUGCUUGAUGAGUGAAUUGGCUGGGAAUAUAUCUUAUUUGAUUUAUUCAAACUGUUGGAAAACACAAAGUUUGUACGGCUUAUUUUGUUUAAUUGCUAUUAAAAAAAGGAUCUUUAUUUUCCAUCUUCGAUGGGCAUUAAGAGAGAUGCUUUUGAACAGGUUUAGUGGAACACUUUGUUGAACUGGAACGUAGCAACUACAAUGUUGUAGUGUACAGAUCAAAUGCUAAAUAGAUUUGAUGAGUUCUGAUGUGAAUAAUAUUCCUGGCCGUUAUCUGUGAAAUAUUUUUGCCUAAUACCCAAAUAAAAAAAUAAAUAUGGACACAAAGAGAAA